AUGCGGUUGCUCGCGUUUACAACGGCCGCUCUGGCAGCGUUCCCUUUUACCCUUGCCGGAGUGUCCAAAGAGGCUUAUAGUAGACUUACCGGAGUGUCCCAGGAGGUUUACGACCCCAACGAGUUCAUCAAUAGUUUCGAGAGGAUUCAUGAAGAGCUCGCUGUAACUCCCCAUAGGAUCCCAAAACUUGAAGACAGGGAAAUUAAGGACGAAAAGCCCGCAAUCGCAAAGAUCAAGAAACUCACGCCAGCCCGUUUCGACAGCGUUAAGCAGCAGAAGUUCGACCCCACCAAACUUGACCGCAAGCUUUGUCCCAAGUGUGGCAAGCAGGAUCAGCACAAGCCUUGCGACAAGCCUGAUCCCUUCAAGCCUUGUGACAAAAAGGAUGAUCCCAAGCCUUGUUACAAAAAGUAUGAUCUCAAGCCUUGUGACAAAAAGGAGGAUGAUCCCAAGACUUGUUACAAAAAGUAUGAUCUCAAGCCUUGUGACAAAAAGGAGGAUCCCCUCAAGCCCUGUCACAAAAAGCAUGAUCCCAAACCUUGUGACAAAAAGCAGGACCACAAGAUUUACUAUCUGAAUGAUCCUACCGAUCUCGGCCGCAAGCAUGGCCAUGACAAGAAUAAGCACGAAAUCCACUACAAGCAUGAACAUGAGAAGGAGAAGAAGCACAAGGACCUGACCGCCAAGUGUAUUUGCGAGAGGCUCCAUCACCUGGCUCACAAGGCCGACCACCUCUUUGACUUUGUCAAGGACAUCAAGUGCGGCAACGGCGAUCGCGAAUGCUGGGAGCCAGUCCGCAAGGCUCUCUAUGAGCUUGAGUGGAAGCUCGACCUCUUCGAUAGGGCGAUUGACAAGUCCAGCCUUGACAAGUGCUUCUCCGAAGAGGAGGAAGCCCAUAUUGCCCGUUGCUAUUGCCGUUACGCCGAAGCCCUGAUCAGGCUCCUUGAGGAGAUCAGCAGGAAGCUCGAGCACAUUGAAGGCAGAACCGCUUACUUCAUCGUCACUGCUGUCAACAGUCUGCGUGCCGCCGACUACGCAUUCGUUUACGAGCUGGGUCGCCGCCUGCAGCGUGAGAAGAUUCAGGUUGAAAUCUUCAGGAAGGAGGGUGCCGCAGAUGGAAGCACGCCCCACAGCAUCCGCAGUGCCUUUGCCCGCUUCGUCAGCACUCCUUAUAUCACAGGAGAGGAUUUCCGGGUCGAGGAUUACCACAAGGAGCCCAAGGAGAAGGAGCUGAAGAUUAUUGAGGAUAUCAAGAACAAGUUCAAGCACAAGGGUCAUCACCACCCUCAUCAUCACAAGGGUCAUCACCACCCUCAUCAUCACAAGGAUCACCAUCAUCAUGAUAAGCAUUGUCACCACCACCGCCCUGAUUUCAAGGAUCAUAUCCACCGCAUCUAUCACCACAAGGAUAACAAGGAUCGUGACCACCACCGCCAUCACCAUGAUCAUGGCCGCUUCUGCCCUCACCACAAGCACCAUGAUCACCAUCGCCAUCACCAUAAGGGUCAUGACGAUGAUAGUGAUAAGGAGAAGGUCAGGAUCAAGGUCGAGGAUCAUGGUGACCGUGCCCAGUAG